AGACAGAGACCGAGUGCGUGGGAGAGGAUAUUCUGUAGACGCACACCGACCAUCCUUUCCUUCCUCUGAUAUUAGUUUGUUUACGCCCUCCGAUAUGAUCUGAUAUGGGAUCAACUAACACUGUUACUGUCUCAGUUUCGCUGUCAUGUUGGUUCCCCGGAGAAUGUCAGUGACAAACACCGGCGUAGUGGCGAGGGAUUUCCAACCGUGGACGGUUAACUGGAUCACAGACAACUGACUCCAAAAGACGAACCAUGAGAAGCGGGAAAGCAACCACAAAGAGACUGGACGUACUAAUAGCUUUUCUGCUGUGCGCACACCUGGUUGAAACUGCGAACAAGGCUGCUGCAAUGGUGGCCAGCAGGGCAGCAGUAGAGAGCGGCUGUCCCCUAGGCCAGUUCCCCUGUGGUAAUGUAACUGUGUGUCUGCACCAGGCCCUGCAGUGUAACGGACACCAGGACUGCCCCAACGGAGCCGACGAAGACAACUGUGGGGACAACAGUGGUUGGGCGGACAUCUUUUAUCGCACCAUCAGGAAGGUCAACCCUCAGCUCACACAUCCAGAUGGCUGCUUUUUGCAGCAGUAUCCAGAGCGUUGUGACUGCAUAAAGACAGAUCUGGAGUGUGUGGACGUCAAUCUGCAGGAUGUACCUCAGGUCUCCACCAACGUCACCUGGCUGUCUCUGAAGAGUAACCAGAUACAGAGGCUGUCUGAUAACAUCUUCUCCCAAUACACACACCUGCAAAGACUGUUCCUACAAAAUAACAGCAUCCAGAUAAUCUCCAAUCAGGCCUUCAGUGGACUGUAUAAACUAGAGAGACUAUCAGAGAAGAGAUUCAGUCAGAGGGGGAGAAUGUUGUUUCUCAGUGAGAACUCCAUCUCGUCUCUCAGUCCGGGUGUCUUCAGUGAUCUGCAUAACUUAUGGUGGCUGUUGUUGGACCAUAACCCCCUAAAGAUUGUUUCCCAAGACACCUUCACUGGCCUCACCUCUUUAAUGUUUCUUUCUAUGGUGAAUACCUCUCUGGAGCAACUCCCUCAGCCAAGCCUCUGUCAACACAUGCCCAACCUCAGCUGGGUGGACUUAGAGAGGAACCAGGUCUUAACCAUCAACUACUCCACUCUAAUGACCUGUAACAAGCUCACAGUACUGCUUCUGAUGGACAACAAGAUCAAGACCCUUCCUGAGAACACAUUCCAGUCUCUGGUUGUUCUAGAAGAAUUAGACCUUUCCAACAACCGGAUUACUGAGCUCCCCAACAACACUUUCCAGAGCUUAAGGUCUCUUGUCAAACUGAAUAUAUCCCACAAUCCCAUGUUCCACAUCCACCCGGGUCACUUUGAUCACCUGACUCAGCUUCAGUCCCUGGGUCUGGAGGGGAUUGAGAUUCCUGAUAUCCAGACCAAGAUGUUUCUUCCCAUGGAGAACCUCUCCCACAUCUACUUCAAAACAUUCCAGUACUGUUCGUAUGCGCCCCACGUGAGAACGUGUAAACCCAACACAGAUGGUAUCUCUUCCGUCGAGGACCUGCUGGCCAAUGUGGUGCUCAGGGUCUCUGUGUGGGUCAUGGCCUUCAUCACAUGCUUCGGGAACCUCUUCGUCAUCGGCAUGAGGUCCCUGAUCAGGGCAGAGAACAACCUGCACGCUGCCUGUAUUAAAGUCCUCUGCUGUGCGGACUGUCUGAUGGGCGUGUACCUGUUCUUUGUCGGGGUGUUCGAUGUGAAGUUCCGAGGGGAGUACAAUCGCAACGCCCUCCUGUGGAUGGAGAGCAUGGAGUGUCGAACCAUUGGCUUCCUGGCGAUGCUCUCCUCAGAGGUGUCCGUUCUGCUGCUUACCUAUCUGACGCUGGAGAAGUUUCUGGUCAUCGUAUUCCCCUUCAGCCAUCUGAGGCCUGGCAAAUUGCACACCAUUGUGGUGCUGGUGUCUAUCUGGCUGCUGGGUUUCACUAUCGCAGUGAUUCCUCUGCUGAACGAGGACCUGUUUGGGAACUACUAUGGUCGCAAUGGGGUCUGCUUCCCCCUGCACUCAGAUCGAAAGGAGAGCUCAACCGCUGAGGGAUACUCUAUUGGGAUAUUCCUGGGUCUGAACCUGGUAGCGUUUCUAGUGAUCGUGUUCUCCUACUCCUCCAUGUUCUUCUCCAUCUACAAGACUGGUCUAAACACUACAGACCUCCGCAGCAGACUGCAUAAGGAUGUGGCCGUAGCCAACAGAUUCUUCUUCAUCGUGUUCUCUGACGCCCUCUGCUGGUUACCCAUCUUCCUGGUCAAAAUACUGUCCCUGCUGCAGGUCGAGAUACCGGGCACCAUCUCCUCCUGGGUGGUGAUCUUCAUCUUGCCCAUUAACAGUGCCCUGAAUCCCAUCCUGUACACUGUGACGACCAGCUUCUUCAGAGAACAGGUGGAGAUGCUACUUUGCCGCUGGCAGAGGAGGUCCACCCUGCAGAAGGACCGGAAGAGCGUCACCAGCUCCACCAUGUACAUAGAGGCCUCCCGAAACCCGCGUUUUCACCCCACAGCCUUCCUGCCGACUCCAGCCCGGAUAUCCCUCACCAACAUGGACCCACGCUACGGCCCGGGGAAUAACACCGUCUGUAGCUCCACUCAUCUCGAACACCUCUCGGCAGCCCCAUGGAAGAGGAUCAGAGGACUGCUGCAUAUGAAGAUGUUGUGCUUUAAACUCUGAUGAGACGUCCUGACGAAACACUCUAUAAGCUGGCUGUACCCUUCCUCAAACACGUUCAAUAUACAUUUUCCUGAUGGUUAUAAUGAAUUAACCGCUAAGAUCUGUGCUGCUCUGAAGAGGACAAAGACAGUUAUUACUGCUGCAAAUAGACAAACCCUGAAAUUGCCUUUUGGGGACAAUUGACAUGUGUUGUUGAACCUAACGCACCUCACUGUACGGGACAAGCUCAGGCCGUUUUUCCGUGCAGCGUCUCCGACAGGAACACAGACGAUGCGUGAGACACGCCUGUUUGGAAGGGGGGCGGGUACAGGGAGACCGGAUGACGUGUUUUACAUUAUGGCAUCAUCCUCAACGUCUCUUUGUUAGUUUGUACUUGGUCUGUGUGAAGCCACUUCCUCGCCUGUGUGCUGAGUCGCUGACUGCUGCCUCCGCGUGGUGGCGCGGCGUGUUUGGCUCCAGUCAACAGAAUACAACUGCGGGGUGGAGACGGUUGCAUGUGGCCCAGACGUGGUUCCCUGGGGGGCGAGGACACGUCUGUCUACAUAUCGCCCAUGGGUCCUCCCUGUUUGUAUUGACCCCUGGGACCCCAGGGCAGAAGCCCGAUGCAGCGUAGCACCGCUGCAAGGAGGCACUCCGCGUGGACCACAUAGGACGCCCCGUUUCGCACUGCCGUUUCCUCUCCAUUCCGUCACAUGGUUCUGUGUACGGGCCCCAGUGUUCGGAGAGCAGGGCCGAUUCUGGUCCUUUGUCAUUCUACGGCGGCCAUAUUAGCUCGUCAUGGAACACUGCCCUGGGGAAUAUUUAAACAGUAACUGUAAACUUGUAGAAUUGGAACAGCGGUCCGCAUUUGAGAUGUGCCCCGACUCUCCUAAUGUACGACGCGUCUCCAUCGUAGCUGGGCACUUGGUCAGCGUGUGUGGCUCUGUAAAUACUCUGUUCCAGUUGUAGCCCCUCCUCCCUGCUGUGGGUGUGGCCAUCUGUACAGCACAUGAAAUGGCGUCCGCUUACCUGGCCUGGACAUACACGCCUGGUUGCUCUCUGUGAAUUCUGCUCUCCUGUCUUAACCAGGGAAUGUGGUGUUUUUUAGAACGUUGUUUUUGUACUUUUCUUUGUGAGUUUCUUAUGACCCCAGUGUCUCUGUGUCUUAAACUUUCAUGGAGUUGCUGCCACUGUUUUUGUCCAUGUAGGACUCCCCUCAACAAGAGCCAUUGGGUCAGGAUUGAAUCUUAUAGCAGGUUUAUAGCACUUCCGAUUGUAAAAGUACAUUUCAGCCAAAAGGCAAUGAGCUCCGUCAAUGGGAUCUUCACUGACCUAGAAAGGAACGCUCGUUUAAAAUCCCCAGUGGUUGAAUCCUGGCAAAAAUAAGGUUUUCAUCUCACAAGAUAUCAACAACACAAUCCACGACUAUAACACACCGUAAUAUAUGACAUAAACAACAACUGUACUUGGGAGACCUCUGGCAAACCGACAGUAAUGAUUUUAUUCAGCACUUAGUUUCACUGAGCCCAUUAUUAAGGUUCUGUCCAUGCUUUUCUGCCUGCUAUUAGUAAUUUAAAAUGGCACCCUAUGACACUGAAUAACACGCUAUGACACACUAUAACACCCUAUUAACUAUAACAAUUUAUAACACCCUAUAAAUUAUAACACUCCAUAACGCUAUAUUAACUUUGACACUCUGUAACACACCAAUAGCUCUACAAAUAUAUAACACACUGUUAACUACAACACUCUACAACAUCCUUUUAACUAUAACACACUAUUAACUAUGACACCCUAUUCACCACUCCUUCCUGUAAGCUGAUACUCUAUAACACCCUAUAGCUAUAACACUCUAACACCCUAUUAGAUAUAACACUAUAACACACUAUUAACAAUGACACUGUAUGUUACUAUAUUAAUGAUGACACCCUGUUAACUAUGACACCCUGUAACACUCUUUUAACUAUGGCACCCUGUAACACUCUUUUAACUAUGGCACCCUGUAACACUUUUAAUUAUGACACCCUGUAACACCCCAUUAACCCUGACACCCUGUAACACUAUUGACUACAACACCCUAUUAGCUAUGAAACCAUUUUACACCCUAUUCAUUAUGGCAAUCUAUUCACUAUGACACCCUUUUAACUGAUAGCCUUUAACACUAUUCACCAUGGCACCCUGUCUAUUUUAUGACUGUCUUUUCACUAUGACACCCUUUUAACUGAUAGCCUUUAACACUAUUCACCAUGGCACCCUGUCUAUUCUAUGACUGUCUUUUCACUAUGACACCCUUUUAACUGAUAGCCUUUAACACUAUUCACCAUGGCACCCUGUCUAUUCUAUGACUGUCUUUUCACUAUGACACCCUUUUAACUGAUAGCCUUUAACACUAUUCACCAUGGCACCCUGUCUAUUCUAUGACUGUCUUUUCACUAUGACACCCUUUUAACUGAUAGCCUUUAACACUAUUCACCAUGGCACCCUGUCUAUUCUAUGACUGUCUUUUCACUAUGACACCCUUUUAACUGAUAGCCUUUAACACUAUUCACCAUGGCACCCUGUCUAUUCUAUGACUAUCUUUUCACUAUGCCACCCUCUUUUCUAUGGCACCCUGUCUGUUCACUUUGUCUCCUUAUUCACUGUGACCCCAUAUUCACUACUGGACCGUGGUUAAAAUAGUGCACUAGAGAACCGGGUGUGCUUUGGGAUGCGCCCCAACUGUUAGUCAGAUGUUUCCUGCUUCUAUUUCCAGCUGCUUAAACUGACACUUGUCGUAGACUGUACUAUUUGUGUAAAUGGAUGGACACUGGAAGGAGAGAUUUGAAUGAUUGCAUUCGUGGGAUUAAAAUGUAUGUACAUUAUAUCGAUAAGGUGUAAAGUUUAUUAAUGGGACUGAUUACAUGAGUGUGUGGGUAUUGAAGAAACAGUGGGGAUGUGUUGCUCCGUAUGUAUUCAUACAGUAUACAUGGUUACUGUCUAUCUGAAAUGCAUCUAUGGUACGAGAGGAUCUGUCCACAACAAAUAAAACAAA